GGACAGCUUUGCUGUGAAAGUCAUGUGGGAUGCCAAGAUAAUGCUGCAGUGCCCUGCGCUACUUAUGUGAUGUGCGCUGCCCUCUCGCUCAUUACUCUCCUUCCUGCUGCUAUUCACCCUUGUUAUUAGCUUCUUCUUCCGCCCUUUCCAGACCAGCAACCCGGCGCUGCAUCUUCAGCACCUUGCCUUCUCCUCUGCCCUUAGUUCCUGGGCUGUGCUCUCAGCAUGGGCUGCAGUAAUUCUUCAUCCGCGGGGGGUCCUGGAGGAGCAUCUAAAGAUCCAACUUCUACAAAGAUUAGAUUCCUGGGGGACCACAAAUUUAAUCUUCGGUGGAGACAUGAACACAGUCUGGGACAGUCUCAUGGACAGGUCAGAGCAGAGGAGUCAACAUCUGAAGAGGAGAAACGGAGGAACUACGGGGGAGUGUAUGUAGGCAUACCAGCCGAUGCAGUGUCUGCUGCCUGUAGCACUUCUAAAGAUGGACAAAAAGGUUUAUGCACAUCCUACGGACAGAGAACAGAGCCAGCCCAUCAGAGCCAGCAGGUCUGCUAACGCACGGUUCAACCUACACCUUAAAACUCUUUUUAGAACAAGUUCAUACUACGGGGAAACUUAUCAAUCCACAUCUGCUUGGUGAAAUCCAUUAUGGAAGCUCCUGCUGACUCUUGCCGUCUUUUUUCUGAGGACUAAGAUCCAUGGACAACCCACACGCUUACCUUGUGUGGAUGUCCAGUUGAAGGUGAUGUCUUAUGGGUUCAGCAAUACCUGUCGCCAAAAAUGUUGUGCAAUUUUGCUGGCAAUAAGCAUUGUAUAUAUCAAUCUUGUUCACUGGGAUGACAACUUGGAAUUUUACACUAUUGCUAUUCAUAAAGCUAUAUAUAUAUUUAGACGUUUCUAGUUGCAUUUGAUGUAUUAGAAUCCACUUAGAGAAGAAGAGAAAAUAGAAAACAUUGUCUAUGUUGAAGUAGAGUUAGGGUUCCUCCUCCACGUUUAAAUAGGAUAUUCUGCGUAUUUCUGUUUGUUUCUCACUGUAGGAGCUACCAUUUCGUCUACCAAGUUAACAUGAUUUAUUUCUGUAUUUUUAUAGUCCAAGGAGUUGCAUACCAAUAAUUUAAAGGAGGCAUCUUAGAAAUGGAAAUAAAUUUGCUUUACAUACCAA